AUGGUCAUUAGCAACGGUAAAGAGUACCUUACUGUCGAGGAACAGCGCCUUCGACAAGAUAGAAAAAAGGAAAAGGUACGAAGGUACUGGAAACGCUGGGGCCCUUAUCUUUCUGAACGUCAAUGGGCCACCGUUCGUGAAGACUACUCUGCAAAUGGCGAUGCUUGGAGUGAUUUCCCACAUGACCAUGCUAGAUCGAGAGUAUACCGAUGGGGUGAAGACGGUAUUGCUGGUGUUUCCGACAACCACCAACUCACUUGUAUUUCAUUUGCAUUUUGGAACGAAAAAGACGAUAUUCUAAAGGAACGUUUGUUUGGCUUGACAGGCCACCAAGGAAAUCACGGUGAAGAUGUAAAAGAGGCAUACUUUUAUCUUGAUAACCUCCCUACCCACUCGUACAUGAAAUACUUGUACAAAUAUACUCAAAAGAAGUAUCCCUAUGAACAACUAGCCAAGGAAAACGCCAAUCGCAGCCGAUUAGAACCCGAGUAUGAGAUUUUCGAUGCUGGGUCAUUUGACGAUAAUCGGUACUUUGACAUCUUCAUUGAAAUGGCAAAGGACGAAGACAAUGAAGAAGAGCUUCUUUUUAGAAUUACCGCAUAUAACCGUGGCCCUGAAGCUGCUCCUCUACACAUCAUCCCUCAGGUUUGGUUCAGAAAUACAUGGGGCUGGGGAAUUGAGUCUGAAAAGGACCACCCUAUCCCUUCUUUAGAGGCUACUUCUGAGACUGUUGUCACAUCCAAGCACUGGCGUCUUGGUGAACGCUACCUUCAUAUGGCCCCCUCUCCGGGCUUUGACUACGAAGAUGCUCCCACUCCGAGCUCCGAUGAUGACUAUAACCAGAAUGAUGAUUCUGGCGAUGAUGUCUUCCCUACUCUGUUGUUUACCAACAACGAAACCAACAAGAAGAAACUUUACGGCGUCAAGAAUGAAUCUCCUUACGUCAAGGACGCUUUCCACGAUUACAUCAUUAAUGAUAACUUGAAGACUGUUAACCCUGCCAACAAAGGUACUAAAGUGGGUGCUUGGUAUGCUUUUGACUCUGGUGAUGGUAUUCCUCCUGGCGAUUUUGUCACUGUGAGAUUCAAGUACUCCAACAAUAAGCCUGUUAACCCCUCAGAGUUUGACGAAGAGGAGUUUGACAAGAUUAUGGAUCAGCGCCAAGAUGAGGCUGAUGACUUUUAUUGGCGCAUCAGCCCUUCCCCUAUCUCCGAUGAUCUUAGAUGCAUCCAGCGCCAGGCACUAGCUGGUAUGCUUUGGACAAAGCAAUUUUACCACUUUAUCCAUUCCCAAUGGGCAAACGGUGACCCUGAAAAUCCACCACCACCUCCUGAACGAGCCAAUGUCCGUAAUCAGCAUUGGAAACAUCUGCACAUUGAUGAUAUCCUGUCGUUACCUGACAAGUGGGAGUACCCAUUCUUUGCCGCAUGGGACUCGGCCUUCCACUGCAUUCCAUUGGCCAUGGUAGACCCGGAGUUUGCCAAAAAGCAACUGGACCUUCUUACCCGUGAGUGGUACAUGCAUCCCAAUGGUCAGAUUCCUGCUUAUGAGUGGAACUUUUCAGAUGUCAACCCACCUGUUCAUGCUUGGGCCACUUUUCGAACUUUUAAGAUUGAACGCAAAAUGUUUGGUAACGAAGACAUUGACUUUUUGGAGCGUGUAUUCCAAAAGCUUUUGCUGAACUUUACCUGGUGGGUAAACAGAAAGGAUGGAGACGGCAAGAAUGUCUUUGAAGGCGGCUUUCUUGGUUUGGAUAAUAUUGGUCUCUUCAACAGAUCAGAGCCUCUCCCCACUGGUGGUGUUCUUGAGCAGGCAGAUAGUACUGGCUGGAUGGCCUUCUUUUGUCUCCAGAUGCUCAAUAUUGCUCUUGAACUCGCUAAACACCGUCCUGUUUAUGAAGACAUUGCUUCUAAGUUUUUUGAGCAUUUCAUGUUCAUUGCUGAUGCUAUGAGUUUCCGAUCUGGAGGUGGCGUUGAGAAGCCUCUUUGGAACGAUGAAGAUGGCUUUUACUAUGAUGCUAUUUCUUGGGGUGGCCCUUGGAGUCAACAACUCCCAGUCAGAUCACUUGUUGGUCUAAUUCCUCUUUACGCCUCUCUCACGUUAGAACCUCAGAUUUUGAAGAAAUUCAAGUCUUUCAGUAAGCGUGUCAAGUGGUUUACUGACAAUCGCCGAGGCAUCACUGAACGCAAUAUUGCCUCCAUGUCACAAAGAGGUACUGGGGAACGCAUGCUUCUUGCAUUAGUCGAUCGUGAACGUCUUGAAAAGAUUUUGGAACGCAUGCUUGACGAGGGUGAGUUUUUGAGUGAUCAUGGUAUUCGAUCCUUAUCUAAGUACCAUAAGGAAAAUCCCUACUCCAUGGAAGUCAAUGGCCAGGUCUUUACUGUUGACUAUGUUCCUGGCGAUUCUAACUCUGGUCUUUUUGGUGGUAACUCUAACUGGAGAGGUCCUAUUUGGUUCCCCACAAAUUUCCUUCUCAUUGAGUCGCUUCAACGUUUCUACAUGUAUUAUGGUGAUACCUUGAAGGUGGAAUGUCCUAAGGGCUCUGGAAACUAUAUGAACUUGGCCAAUGCCGCUGAAGUUGUUCAGCACCGUCUCAUUAAUCUCUUUUCUAGAGAUACUGGUGGUGAACGUGCUAUUAAUGGUGGCAAUAAUAUGCUUAACCAUGACCCUCAUUGGCGUGACUAUGUUUUUUUCUAUGAGUUUUUUGAAGCUGACACUGGCCGUGGUCUCGGUGCUUCUCACCAAUGUGGCUGGACUUCUCUUGUUGCCAAGAUUAUUCAUGAUACUGGCGUAUCGUGCACUAUGCCACAGACACCUAAAACACCCCUUAGUGCUGCUGAGCACUACUUUGAUGACGAGGUAAUUACCGGCCGUCACCACGCUCGUCGCAAGAGUGCUGUCAGCAUUAGACUUCAGCGUCGCACACAUUCCUCGGGUAUUUCCAUGGGCCCACCAUCGCGUUCUGACACAAUUUCUAGCUACUAUAGCGACGAUGGUGCUGGAUUUGGAGAGGAAGUUCCUCGAUCUGAAAGCGAGCGUAAGACCGACUCUGCUGAUUUUGAGGAUCUAGAGGCUGGCACUAUUUCGCCUAAGACGGUUCAUUCUCUUAACCGGACAUCAAGUCACGUUGACACUAGUGAUUCUUAUUUCCGCGACAUUCGGGAGCUUGUUUCCAGGCUUGGAUCUACUAACGUUGUUGAUCAUGGUAACUUCAAUGGAGAAUUGUCAUGUGAUUUUGAUUCUUAA